GCAGGGGCUUGGCUGGCCAUUUUAGUUAAGACCUUAUCGAGACCUGAAGAGUCAACCAGGAAGGGAAAUCCGAAGAAGAACAGAGGCAAUGACUUGGGGUUCCUGAGUCGGGGAAACUUGAGUCACCAGGCAAAGUGGGAUGAAAUAUUGGUACACCGCCCGAGCGCACCGGCAGAACUUUUACCUAGUGGGAGCACCAUGGUCCAUUGUGCAUGAACCUCCCAGCAGCUGUCGGAGCUUUUGACAUUCGCUCACACAGCAUCUGAAGUAAAAUGGCUGGAAUUUUUGAAGCCCCGCGGAAUGCGGACACUCUCUUCCUGGGAGGCCAGAAAAUCACAGGUGCCGAUGUUCGAGACCAGUGCGUUCUGGCGACACAGGCGAUUGCAAAUGUGGUCAAGAGUUCGUUUGGCCCCUCGGGCUUGGACAAGAUGAUGGUCGACGAUAUUGGUGAUGUCACGGUUACAAAUGAUGGAGCUACUAUCUUGGGUCUGUUAGAUAUUGAACAUCCUGCUGGUAAAAUUCUUGUGGACUUGGCCCAGCAACAGGAUAGGGAGGUCGGAGAUGGUACUACUUCCGUCGUCCUCAUCGCCGCAGAACUUCUCCGCCGAGCCAAUGAAUUGAUGAAGAACCGCAUUCACCCCACAACCAUCAUUAAUGGGUACAGGCUUGCACUUCGGGAGGCCGUGAAAUAUAUGAACGAGAACAUUGCCACGAAAGUUGAUAACCUCGGAAAAGAUAGCUUGGUUAGCAUUGCCAAAACGUCCAUGUCUAGCAAGAUCAUUGGUGCCGAUGCCGAUUUCUUUGCGAACUUGGUCGUCGAUGCGAUGCUGUUGGUGAAGACAACAAACCAGAAAAACGAGGUCAAAUAUCCAGUCAAGGCAGUGAACCUUCUAAAAGCUCAUGGAAAAAGUGGGACCGAGUCGGUUCUCGUCAACGGCUAUGCUCUCAACUGUACCGUUGCUUCCCAGGCUAUGAAGACUCGGAUAACGGACGCAAAGAUUGCCUGUCUCGAUAUGAACCUACAAAAGGAGAGAAUGAAGCUUGGAGUUCAGAUCACAGUCGAAGAUCCCGAUCAGCUGGAGAAGAUUCGUGAGAGGGAAUCCGGAAUUGUCAUCGAGCGCGUAGAGAAGAUUCUCAAAUCCGGGGCUAACGUUGUCUUCACCACCAAGGGUAUUGACGAUAUGGUUCUCAAGCUCUUUGUUGAGAAGGGUGCUAUGGCCGUCCGACGAUGCAAGAAGGAGGACUUGAGACGAAUUGCCAAGGCCACCGGAGCUACUUUGGUGAGCUCCCUCUCCGACCUAAAUGGCGAUGAGAAAUUUGAGGCCUCGUCCCUGGGCCACGCAGAUGAGGUUGUGCAGGAUCGGAUAUCCGACGACGAGUGUAUCCUCAUUAAGGGUACAAAGGUCCACACUUCAGCGUCCAUCAUCUUGCGAGGACCCAAUGAUUUCAGUCUUGAUGAGAUGGAGCGUUCAGUUCACGACUCUCUCUGCGCAGUCAAGCGAACCUUGGAGAGUGGUAGCAUCGUCCCAGGAGGUGGUGCCGUUGAGACGGCUCUUCACAUGUAUCUUGAAGAGUUUGCCGUCACAGUGGGCUCCCGUGAGCAACUGGCCAUUGGCGAAUUUGCCCAAUCUCUCCUUGUUGUUCCCAAGACCCUAGCCGUCAACGCAGCGAAAGACUCUUCCGAGCUCGUUGCUCAACUCCGCAAGAGACACGCCGUAUCCCAGCGUGUCCAGGAAGGAGAGGCCAACGAGAAAGAGAAGGCCGUUGCUAAGAAGAAGGAGUACCGCAACUACGGCCUCGACUUGGCAAAGGGCCGUGUUCACGACUGCCUCAAGGCUGGUGUUUUGGAGCCGAGCAUGGGUAAGCUCAAGCAGCUCAAGAGUGCUGUUGAGGCUUGUAUUGCCAUUAUGCGCAUUGAUACUAUGAUCAAACUGGACCCCGAACGCAAGGAGGAUGAUGGACACGGUCACUAAGGGCUACCUUGGAUGUGAGAUCUUCCUGUCCUGUACGGCAUUUAGACAAAAAGUAUAAUAAGAUCUUAGUACCUAGUAUAUGAAUCUAUUUUGACGCCGAUACCUCCAGACUUCUCAAAUCUGGUGACAUACCAUGGUCUGGUUCAGGUAUAACAGAGGCCAUUAUGGAUACGAUGCUUCUCAGUCAAUUAGUAGUGUGGUUAGAUUUGUUUGCUCAUAUGCAGACGCACUGGUCUAUUCAAAGUAGCCGCUAGAAAAAUGAUGAUUGCGGUGCAGGCCCUC